AAUCAUCAUGGGAGGAGGCGACCUAAACUUGAAAAAAUCGUGGCAUCCAGCCACCUUCCGAAAUCAGGAGAAGGUCUGGAAAGAAGAGCGCAAAGCCGCUGAGGAAGAAAAGAAGCUCCAGCAGUUACGAAAGGAGCUAGAAGAAGAGAGGCAAAUUCAGGAAUUGCAAAGAAUCCAGGAGCAGGCUGGUGGAAAAAAACGAAGUGAUCGUCUUGAUUGGAUGUAUCAGGCUGCACCUACCGGCAAUCAAAAGGAUGAAAAGGCUUUGGAAGAUUACUUAUUGGGGAAACGUCGUGUGGAUGAUAUCCUUAACAAAAGGGAUAGCAGCGCUUCAAGCGCACUCAGUAGGGAUUCAUCCUCCUUCAUGAACCAAACCUCCAAAGCUAAUUCUGUCAGGGAUAUUCAGGCCAAAAUCCGUGAAGAUCCAUUACUUGCAAUCAAGAAGCAGGAGCAGGCUAGUAUGGAGCUGUUGAUGAAGAACCCUAUCAGGAUGCGGCAACUCAAGGAGGGUAAAGAGAACAAGGAGCAUAAGAAGAAAAAGUCAAAGAAGAACAAAGAUGACAAGGCUGAGAAAGAUGAGAGGCGGAAGGAUAAAUCAGAGCGUCAUAAUAAACACCGAUCCUCACGCAAACAUAGCCGCCCAAGCGAUUCAGAUGAUAGCGACUGCGACCGACAUAGACACUCAUCUAGGAAGCGCUCUCGGCAUUCCAGAUCUCCUGAGGGCUUGGGAGACUACUAUAUUAAUAAUAAUAAGAAUAGUAGAAGACAGGAAGAAGAGGCAAAAAGUAAGGCCGAAGAGAGGGAGAGAAGACUCAGGGCUAUGGCUGAGGAUGCCUCUGCAGACGCUCAGGCCAGGAAGACGAGGCUUGCAGAGAUUGCAGAGAUGGAAGCGAAGCAGGACGCUGAGGACGAGGCCAGGAGACAGGCCGCCGCUAAGAAUGGCCAGGCCUCAUUCCUCAAAUCUGCACAAAAGUCAGCAUAUGACGGCAUGUCAUUGGCUGACCGUGUCCAGCGCGGCCGUGCCACAAUGCAGAAUGCAUAA